GCGAGUCAUUCAUAAGGCAACAAAUCCAGCUGUCUCCCUGUGCCUCCGGCUGCGCCAUGGCGCUACAGCUGCAGGCCGCCACUCCGCGUCCGCCCCUCCCGCUCGCCCCCUUGCCACGCCGUUUCGCUCCGCCGCCGCCGCCUACACCCCUCCCCAACCGCCGCGCUGCCGCCUCCUCCCGCUCCAGCCCCUCCGCGAGCCUCUCCUGUCGUGGUCCAGCGCCUCGCUGGCAGCGGGCGAGCGUGAGGGUUCGCGCGGGGGCCGGCGGCGGGCGUAGGGAGUCCCCGUACGAGGUGCUCGGUGUGUCUCCAUCGGCGGCGCCAGAUGAGAUCAAGCGCGCGUACCGGCGCCUCGCGCUCAAGUACCACCCGGACGUCAACAAGGAGGCCAAUGCUCAGGAGAAGUUUCUGCGGAUCAAGCACGCGUACAACACUCUGAUGAACUCGGAGAGCCGGUCCAAAUAUGCGAGCAGCAGUUCAGAUUCUUCCUGGACCUCCAGCUCCAGGGAGAGCAAAUCAACUGCUGCAGAAGAGCAGUUUUAUGGGUUUGCCGAUUUCCUUAAAGAUCUGCAAACAGAAUUUCAGAACUGGGAAGCUGGGUUGAAUUCAGAUCAGAAACCUAAAAGCCUUUGGGAAGAGUUGGCAGCAAUUGGCGAGGAAUUCGUCGAAUUUCUGGAGAAUGAAUUGAAGAUAGACACUGGGAAUGAUCCAUACACACAGUUUGGAGGGCAAGCAAAAACUGUUAAAGACGACAAGACAGCAUCAAACAACUUUGACGAUAAUGUUUCUGAAAUAGAGGCUGCUCUCGAGAAGCUGAAGAAGGAACUUGGACUCUGCUAAACCAUUGCUGUGGCAACUAAAGCCA